CAUCGCGUCAUAGCCAACGUGGUGUUUCAGGGUGAAUUAAAUGUUAACCGUGAAGCAUGUCUGCAGUCGUGGUUACUGGUAGUGAUGGUGAUGCACUAUCUGCGCAGAAAUGUUUGUUUGUGGACUGUAAUGCAGUCAUUGUGACGGUAUAGGUCCUCGCCCCCCGUCAAAGAAGCGCGUGUGUACGUGUGCUGUUGGGGAGCUGACCGUGGUGCUGAUCUGGACCAGUUCCCUGCACAUGCUGAAAACCGAUCACACGUUCUGAGGAGAGGGGCCGAGAAAGCAGCUCUGAACGUGACUCUGUUAUAAAGAAACAAUAUUAAUAAUAACAAGAAAAUAUUUGAAUAUUCGCGCUCGCAUUAAUAAGGUCUGCCGGUGACGUCGCGGAUAAAGACCCCGCCGCCGUGUCUCGGCUGCAGGACGUGGCUCCUUCUCGCACGCCGUCCCCACUCGCUCCAGCCCACCGAUGCUGACACGCACCACUCCUCCUCCGGGCGUUCGAGCGGAGCGGGGCGUGAGCACAGGGGCUUGAGUGACACAUGCUGCGGUAGUCUUUUUCCACUCCGCUGCAUGGCCGUGGAUUAGCUAUAUGCUAAUAUCGACAGGAGAGAGGAGCCAGAGAGGAGGGAGUCUGAUCGGGCUCCCUUUGCAGCCAUGGCUGAAGGAGGAGAAGGAGAGGAUGAGAUUCAGUUCCUCAGGACUGAUGAUGAAGUGGUGCUCCAGUGCGUGGCCAGCAUCCAGAAGGAGAAUCGCAAGUUCUGCCUGGCUGCUGAGGGGCUCGGCAAUCGACUGUGCUACCUGGAGCCCACAUCAGAGGCGAAGUAUGUUCCCCCAGACCUGUGCAUCUGUACCUUUGUGCUGGAACAGUCUCUGUCAGUGCGGGCCCUGCAGGAGAUGCUGGCUAAGAGCGGACAGAACAGUGAAGGGAGGCUCAUAAGGAAGGCGGCGCAGAGCGGGGGACACAAGACUCUACUCUACGGACACGCCAUCCUCCUGCGGCAUUCCUUCAGCUCUAUGUACCUGGCCUGUUUGAAGACAUCAAGGUCACAGACAGAUAAGCUGUCCUUUGAUGUCGGCCUGCAGGAGGAUUCAACAGGUGAGGCCUGCUGGUGGACCAUCCACCCGGCCUCCAAACAGAGAUCGGAAGGGGAGAAAGUGCGCAUCGGCGACGACCUCAUCCUCGUCAGCGUGUCCUCAGAGCGAUACCUUCAUUUAUCCAUCUCCAGUGGCAACAUCCAGGUGGAUGCUUCUUUCAUGCAGACUCUGUGGAACGUCCAUCCCAUCUGCUCCGGCAGCAACAUAGAAGAAGGUUACCUGCUGGGCGGUCAUGUGAUGCGGUUGUUCCACGGGCACGACGAGGUCGUGACCAUCCCAGGAUCAGACCAGAGCGAAGAGCAGCAGAGGAUAGUCAACUAUGAGACGGGUAAAGCCGGCGCCAAGGCGAGGUCCUUGUGGAGGCUGGAGCCGCUCCGAAUCAGCUGGAGCGGGAGCCACAUCCGCUGGGGCCAGGCCUUCCGACUACGGCACCUGACCACGGGCCACUACCUGGCCUUGACCGAGGACAGGGGGCUGGUGCUGCAGGACAGGGAGAGGUCUGACACCAUCGCCACAGCCUUCUGCUUCAGAGCCUCCAAGGAGAAGCUGGAGCAGAGCCCCAAGCGGGACAUCGAGGGCAUGGGGGUGGCGGAGAUUAAAUACGGGGACUCGAUCUGCUUUAUCGUGCACGUGGCCACGGGACUCUGGCUCUCCUACCAGGCGCCCGACGUCAAAUCUGCUCGUCUGGGUCCUCUCAAGAGACGAGCGUGCCUGCAUUCUGAAGGUCACAUGGACGACGGCUUGACCCUCCAGCGCUGUCAACACGAAGAGUCCCGCGCCGCGCGGAUCAUCCGCAACACCACGCUCCUCUUCAAACGGUUCAUCAGAGACCUGGACUGUCUGGGCGUUAAGAACAGGGCACUGGUCGCCAUGCCUGUCGAGGAGGUGCUCCAAACCCUUAAUGACCUCAUCACGUACUUCCAGCUCCCAGACGCCGAGCUGGAGCACGAAGAGAGGCAGAUCAAGCUGCGCUCGCUGAAGAACAGGCAGAACCUCUUCAAACAGGAAGGCAUGCUGACUCUAGUGUCCAACUGCAUCGACCGCCUGAACGUCUACAACAGCGCUGCCCACUUCGGGGAGUGCGCUGGGUCUGAGGCCGGGGCCGCCUGGAAAGACAUUCUCAACCUGCUGUAUGAGCUGCUGGCGGCAUUAAUCCGAGGGAACCGGAACAACUGCACCCAGUUCUCAAACAACUUGGACUGGCUGGUUAGCAAGCUGGAGAGACUGGAGUCCUCUUCAGGCAUUCUGGAGGUUCUGCACUGCAUUCUAAUUGAGAGCCCUGAGGCACUUAACAUUAUACAGAGAGGACACAUCAAGUCCAUCAUAUCGCUACUCUACAAGCAUGGACGCAACCACAAGAUUCUGGAUGUGCUGUGUUCGCUGUGUGUGUGCAACGGCGUGGCUGUGCGAACCAAUCAGAACCUCAUCUGCGAUCACUUGCUGCCCAAGAGAGAUCUGCUUUUGCAAACCCAGCUGGUCAACGAUGUCCAGAGCAUGAGGCCGAACAUCUUCCUGGGGGUGAGCGAGGGUUCAGCUCAGUACAAGAAGUGGUACUACGAGCUGAUGAUCGACCAGGUGGACCACUUUGUGACCAGCGAGCCCUCCCACCUGAGAGUGGGCUGGGCUAACACUAAAGGGUACGCCCCCUACCCUGGAGGAGGAGAGGGCUGGGGGGGCAACGGAGUCGGGGAUGACCUCUACUCGUACGGUUUUGAUGGACUCCACCUCUGGUCAGGUCGUAUCCCGCGGGCGGUUGCGUCAAUGAACCAGCAUAUUCUGACCUCAGAGGAUGUGGUGAGUUGCUGCCUGGACCUGGGAGCGCCCAGCAUUUCUUUCAGGAUCAACGGGCAGCCGGUCCAGGGCAUGUUUGAAAAUUUCAACGUGGACGGGCUCUUCUUCCCCGUCGUCAGCUUCUCGGCGGGAGUCAAGGUCCGUUUUCUGUUGGGUGGCCGACACGGCGACUUUAAGUUCCUCCCUCCAUCGAGUUAUGCUCCGUGUUACGAGGCUCUGUUGCCCAAAGAGAAGAUGAAAGUGGAGCCGGUGAAGGAGUACAAGAGAGAUGUGGACGGAGUGCGAGAUCUGCUGGGCACCACGCAGGUCCUGUCGCAGGCUUCCUUCAUCCCCACACCUGUGGAGACCAGCCAGAUUGUCAUGCCGGCUCAUUUGGAGAAGGUUCGGGACAAACUGGCUGAAAACAUCCAUGAACUGUGGGGUAUGAAUAAGAUUGAGCUGGGCUGGUCGUACGGCAAGAGGAUAAGGGAGGACAAUAAGCGGCAGCAUCCAUGCCUGGUGGAUUUCUCCAAGCUGCCAGAAACGGAAAAGAACUACAACCUGCAGAUGUCAACAGAAACUCUGAAGACCCUGCUGGCAUUGGGCUGUCGUGUAGCUCAGGUGAAUCCAAAUGCUGAAGAGUCGCUCAAAAAGAUAAAACUCCCUAAGAAUUACAUGAUGUCCAAUGGUUAUAAGCCAUCCCCUCUGGACCUAUCUGACAUAAAGCUGAUUCCGGGUCAGGAGCUGCUGGUGGACAAGCUGGCAGAGAAUGCACACAAUGUUUGGGCCAAGGACCGCAUCAAACAGGGAUGGACCUACGGCAUCCAGCAGGAUCUGAAGAGUAAGCGUAACCCUCGCCUGGUUCCCUAUGCUCUGCUGGAUGAGCGCACCAAGAAGUCAAACAGGGACAGUCUGCGGGAGGCUAUUCGCACUCUGAUUGGCUACGGAUACAACAUCGAGCCCUCAGACCAGGAAGGCGGACAAGUGGUUGAGCGGCUCAGCAUCGAUAAGAUCCGCUUCUUCAGAGUAGAGCGGACGUAUGCAGUGAAGACUGGAAAAUGGUACUUUGAAUUUGAGGCCGUCACAGGAGGAGACAUGAGAGUGGGCUGGGCCAGACCGGCUUGCAAGCCAGAUGUGGAGCUUGGCACAGAUGAGCUCGCCUUCGUCUUUGACGGGUACAGGGGCCACUGUCUGAACAUGGGCAGCCGGCUGUUCGGGCGCUGCUGGCAUGCUGGCGAUGUGGUGGGCUGCAUGAUCAACAUGGAGGACAAGUCCAUGAUCUUCACUCUCAACGGAGAGAUCCUGAUCACCACCAAGGGCUCUGAACUCUGCUUCACCGACUUUGAAACAGAGGAUGGGUUUAUUCCAGUGUGUAGUCUCAGCCUUGCUCAGGUGGGUCGUAUGAACCUGGGCAAGGACGCCAGCACCUUCAAGUUCUACACGAUGUGUGGCCUGCAGGAGGGAUUUGAGCCAUUUGCCGUCAACAUGAACCGAGAGCUCACAAUGUGGUUCAGCAAGCGUCUGCCAACAUUUGUCAAUGUGCCCAAGGACCACAACCACAUUGCAGUCACAAGGAUUGACGGCACUGUGGACAGCCCUCCGUGUCUUAAAGUCACCCAUAAGACAUUUGGCACCCAGAACAGUAAUGCCGACAUGGUGUUUUGUCGCCUCAGCAUGCCUGUGGAGUUCCACUCCUUCUUCAAGUCCAGUCCUGUUUUAGACAUGAACGGAGUGCAUGAGGACGAUACUCUGAAAGUCAAACACAGAUAUCCACUGAGAUCUGUGCGGCACAGUGAUGAAAGUCGACGAGUGGACUACGGCAGCAUCACAACGUACUACUAUUCAGUGAGAGUCUUCGCCGGUCAGGACCCAGCUUGUGUGUGGGUUGGAUGGGUUACCCCCGACUACCAUUACUAUAGCAACAACUACAACCUCAGCAAGAACCGAACAGUAACUGUCACCCUGGGUGAUGAACGGGGGCGAGUCCAUGAAAGUGUGAGGAGGAGCAACUGCUACAUGGUCUGGGGUGGUGAUGUGACCAGCGCUGCCCACACCUCCAGUCGCACCAAUGUGGACCUUGAGAUUGGCUGCCUUAUAGACCUGGCCACCGGCCUGGUGACAUUCACUGUCAAUGGCAAGGAGAUAUCAACGUCCUACCAGGUGGAACCAAACACCAAGCUCUUCCCUGCUGUGUUUGUGCGACCAACCAGCCCUAACCUCUUCCAGUUUGAACUGGCUAAAAUAAAGAAUGCCAUGCCGCUGUCAUCAGCCAUCUUCAAGAGUGAACACAAGAACCCGGUGCCCCAGUGUCCACCCCGGCUAGAUGUCCAGACCAUUAAUGCGGUGCUGUGGAGCCGCAUGCCCAACACCUUCCUCAAGGUUGAGACAGCCAGAGUGAAUGAGAGGCACGGCUGGGUGGUUCAGUGUGUGGAGCCUCUGCAGAUGCUGGCUGUACACAUACCUGAGGAGAACAGGUGUGUUGACAUCAUGGAGCUGUCAGAGCAGGAGGACAUGAGGAUGUUCCACUACCACACCCUGAAGCUCUAUUGUGCCCUCUGCGCUCUCGGAAACACCCGUGUGGCCCACGCCCUCUGCAGCCACUUGGACCAGUCCCAGCUCUUGUACACCAUCGACAACCAGUACCUGUCCGGCAUGUUGCGCGAGGGCUUCUACAACGUCCUGAUCAGCAUCCACCUGGAGACGGCCAAGGAGGCGCGGCUCAUGAUGAAGGACGAGUUCAUCAUCCCGGUCACAGCCGAGACGCGCUCUAUCCGUCUCUUUUCGGACGCUUCUAAAAGGCACCUCCCGCCAGGCGUGGGCCUCAGCACCUCCCUAAAGCCACGCCUCAACUUUGCUCCGCCCUGUUUCAUCAACACCAAACGAGAGCAUCUGUACAGUCCCCAGAUCCCUCUGGAUUCACUGAAGGAGAAAGCAAUUUUAAUGUUGACAGAGGCCGUUCAAGGUGGUGGGCACCACAUUCGAGAUCCUGUGGGAGGCGGUGUGGAGUACCAGUUUGUGCCAAUUUUGAAACUCAUUAGCACCUUGCUGACCAUGGGUGUUUUAGUUAGUGAGGACGUCCAUAAGAUUUUACUGCUCAUUGAUCCGAAUGUGUUCAGAGAGACUCAAGAGCAGGGGACCACUGGGACAUUGGACAAGGAGGGACUAACAGGGACGGAGGACAAGGCCGUGGAAGCCGGAGAAGAGGAGGCAGCCAAGGAGGCUAAACAACCAAUCAAGGGACUCCUGGAGAAGAGGCUGCCAGAGCCUGUCAAGCGACAGAUGUGUGAGCUGCUUCACUAUUUCUGUGACUGCGAGCUGAAGCACCGCAUCGAGGCCAUCGUGUCCUUCUCGGACAGCUUCGUCUCCAAGCUCCAGUACAACCAGAAGUUCCGCUACAACGAGCUGAUGCUGGCCCUCAACAUGUCUGCUGCAGUGACGGCGAAGAAGACCAAAGAGUUCAGAUCACCUCCACAAGAACAGAUCAACAUGCUCCUGACCUUCAGUAUGGGCGAGGACUGUCCGUGUCCUACAGACAUCCAGGAGGAACUCUAUGAUUUCCACAACCAGCUGCAGCUCCACUGCGGAAUCCCUAUGGAGGAGGACGAAGACGAGCAAAGUACCAGUAUUAAAGGUCGCCUCCUGAUGCUGGUGAACAAGAUCAAAGGCCAGUCUCACAAAGCAGAAGAGCCCACGGAGAAAGAGCAAGCCGCACCAUCCAAUCUGAAAGAGCUCAUCUCUCAGACCAUGGUCAGCUGGGCCCAGGAGUGUCACAUCCAGGACCCGCAGCUCGUUCGCAAGAUGUUCAGCCUACUGAGGAGACAGUAUGACAGCAUCGGGGAGCUGCUCCGGGCCAUGAGGAAGACGUACACCAUCAGCGCUGUCUCGGUCCAGGACACCAUCAACCUCCUGGCCUCCCUCGGUCAGAUCAGAUCUCUGCUGUCCGUUCGUAUGGGGAAGGAGGAAGAGAAGCUGAUGAUUGAUGGGCUGGGUGACAUCAUGAACAACAAGGUUUUCUACCAGCACCCGAACCUAAUGAGAAUACUGGGCAUGCAUGAGACCGUCAUGGAAGUCAUGGUCAAUGUGCUCGGAGGAGACAAGUCCCAGGAAAUUGCCUUCCCCAAGAUGGUGGCCAGCUGCUGUCGCUUCUUGUGCUACUUCUGCCGGAUCAGCCGCCAGAACCAGAAAGCCAUGUUCGACCACCUCAGCUACCUGCUGGAGAAUAGUAGUGUGGGCCUAGCGUCGCCAGCUAUGAGGGGCUCCACUCCUUUAGAUGUGGCUGCUUCCUCAGUGAUGGACAACAACGGCCUGGCUCUGGCACUGGAAGAACCUGAUCUGGACAAGGUGGUUACUUACCUGGCUGGCUGCGGUCUCCAGAGUUGUCCGAUGCUUCUGGCUAAAGGUUAUCCAGACAUCGGCUGGAACCCCAUAGAGGGAGAGCGUUACCUGUCUUUCUUGCGGUUUGCUGUCUUUGUCAACGGAGAGAGUGUGGAAGAGAACUCCAGCGUUGUCGUCAAACUGCUCAUCCGUCGUCCGGAGUGUUUCGGACCUGCCCUGAGGGGAGAGGGUGGGAACGGCCUGCUGGCUGCCAUGAAGGAAGCCAUUAAGAUCUCUGAGACGCCUGCCUUGGACCUGCCGGGCUCCGUCCAGGGAUUCAGCUCUGAUGUGUCUGGCGACGGCGAUGACGAGGAGGAGGUGGUCCACAUGGGCAAUGCCAUCAUGUCAUUCUACUCCGCGCUCAUUGACCUGUUGGGACGUUGCGCCCCUGAGAUGCAUCUAAUCAACAAGGGGAAAGGUGAAGCUCUCCGCAUUCGCGCCAUCCUGCGAUCCCUUGUGCCUACCGAGGACCUUGUGGGAAUUAUCAGCAUACCACUCAAAAUACCCAUCAUCAACAAAGAUGGGUCGGUGACAGAGCCGGACAUGUCCGCUACCUUCUGUCCGGACCACAAGGCCCCCAUCGUCCUGUUUUUGGACAGGGUGUACGGUAUCGAAGACCAAAGCUUCCUGCUUCACCUGCUUGAAGUGGGCUUCCUCCCCGACCUGAGGGCAGCUACAACUCUGGACACGGAGGGUUUGUGUACCACAGAGACCGCCCUGGCUAUGAACCGCUACAUCGGCUCAGCCAUGCUGCCCCUCCUCACCCGCUGUGCCCCUCUCUUCGCCGGCACGGAGCACUACGCCACCCUCAUCGACUCCACCCUUCACACCAUCUACCGCCUCUCCAAAGGCCGUUCGCUGACCAAGGCCCAGAGAGACGCCAUAGAGGAGUGCUUGCUGUCUGUCUGCAAGCACCUGCGGCCCUCCAUGCUGCAGCAGCUCCUGCGCCGCCUCGUCUUUGAUGUGCCCUUGCUAACUGAUUACUGCAAGAUGCCUCUGAGGCUGCUAACCAACCACUAUGAGCAGAACUGGAAGUACUACUGCCUCCCGUCGGGCUGGGGCAGCUUCGGCACAGCCUCCGAGGAUGAACUUCUACUCACCAAGAAGAUCUUCUGGGGAGUGUUUGAUUCUCUGUCACAGAGGAAGUAUGACCCAGAGCUUUUCAAGAUGGCCAUGCCUUGCCUCAGUGCCAUAGCUGGAGCCCUGCCACCAGACUACGUGGACGCCUCCAUUAACACCACCGUGGAAAAGCCCGUUUCCAUAGAUGCGCAGGGCAACUUUGACCCCAGACCCAUCAAUACUGCUAACAUUGCUCUUCCCGAGAAGCUGGAACACUUCGCCAACAAAUAUGCCGAGCACUCCCAUGAGAAAUGGUCUGCAGAGAAGGUGCUGCUCGGCUGGAAAUAUGGAGACUGUGUAGAUGAGAAGGCGAAGACUCACCCCCAGCUCAGGACUUACAAGGCUCUGACAGAGAAGGAGAAGGAGAUUUACAGAUGGCCAAUUAGAGAGUCCCUGAAGAGCAUGCUGGCAAUGGGCUGGUGCAUUGACAGGACCAAGGAUGGAGAGAGCAUGUCUCAACAGAGGGAGAACGAGAAAAUGAGGAAGAUAUCUCAGACUUCGCAGGCCAACGGUUUCAGUCCGAGUCCAAUUGACACGAGCAACGUGGUCCUGUCCAGAGAAUUGCAGGGGAUGGUGGAGGUGGUGGCUGAAAAUUACCAUAACAUCUGGGCCAAGAAGAAAAAGAGUGACCUUGGAAGCAGAGGUGGAGGGACGCACCCUCUGUUGGUGCCCUACGACACGCUGACAGCCAAGGAGAAGGCCCGUGACCGAGAGAAAGCUCAGGACCUUUUUCGCUUCCUGCAAAUCAAUGGCUAUAGCAUCACAAGAGGUCUGAAAGACUUGGAGCAGGAUUCCUCCUCCAUGGAGAAAAGGUUUGCCUAUAAGUUCCUCAAGAAGCUGCUCAAGUACGUUGAUUCAGCACAGGAGUUCAUUUCCCACCUAGAGGCCAUGUCUGCCAGUGGGAAAACAGACAGGUCACCUCAUGAACAAGAAAUCAAGUUUUUCGCCAAAGUUCUCCUCCCUCUCAUCGACCAGUACUUCAAGAACCACUCCCUGUACUUCCUCUCCUCUCCCAACAAGAACCUAAGCAGCAGUGGUUACGCCUCCAACAAGGAGAAGGAAAUGGUCACCAGCCUGUUCUGUAAACUGGCAGCUCUUGUCAGACAUAGGAUUUCACUCUUUGGGAGCGACUCCACCACCAUGGUCAGCUGUCUGCACAUCCUGGCACACACUCUGGACACCAGGACGGUGAUGAAGUCAGGCUCGGAGAUGGUGAGGGUGGGUCUGAGGACGUUCUUUGAGAACGCAGCAGAGGACCUGGAGAAGACCUUCGAGAACCUGAAGCUGGGGAAGUUCACCCACUCCCGCUCGCAGAUGAAAGGGGUGUCGCAGAAUAUCAACUACACCACAGUAGCUCUGCUCCCCAUCCUAACCGCUCUGUUUGAGCACAUCACUCAGCACCACUUUGGAGUCGACCUGCUGUUGGAUGACGUCCAAGUAUCCUGCUAUCGAAUCUUGACCAGCCUCUAUGCUCUGGGAACUGGGAAAAACAUCUAUGUGGAAAGACAGUUGCCGGCUCUCGGUCAGUGUCUGGCGACUCUGGCCGGAGCAAUACCUGUAGCAUUCCUGGAGCCGGUGCUCAACCCGUACAACCCCUGCUCCGUCUUUAAUACCAAGAGUGCCAGAGAACGAGCCGUCCUGGGAACACCAGACUCAGUGGAGGAGAUGUGUCCUGGGAUGCCGCGGCUCGAUGGCCUCAUGAAGGACAUCAACGACAUGGCUGAGUCUGGAGCGCGCUACACGGAGAUGCCCCACGUGAUCGAGGUGGUGCUGCCCAUGCUCUGCAACUACCUGUCGUACUGGUGGGAGAAGGGCCCGGAAAACCAGUCGGCCAGCGGGAUAAGCGUCUGCUGCACCACCGUCACCUCCGAGCACCUCAGCAUCAUCCUCGGCAACAUCCUCAAGAUCCUCAACAACAACCUGGGCAUCGACGAGGCCUCCUGGAUGAAGAGAAUUGCAGUUUAUGUGCAACCCAUCAUCAGCAAGGCCCGUGCAGACCUGUUGAAGAGCCACUUCUUGCCCACGCUGGAGAAACUGAAGAAGAAGACAGUGAAGGUGGUGGCUGAGGAGGAGCUGCUCAAGGCAGACAAUAAAGGGGACACCCAGGAGGCCGAGCUCCUCAUCCUUGACGAGUUUGCCGUACUAUGCAGGGACCUGUACGCCUUUUACCCCAUGCUCAUUCGCUACGUGGACAACAACAGGUCCAGGUGGCUGAAAGAACCAGAUUUAGACUCCAACGAGCUCUUCAGGAUGGUUGCAGAGAUAUUUAUCCUCUGGUGCAAGUCGCAUAAUUUCAAACGAGAAGAGCAGAACUUUGUGGUCCAGAAUGAAAUCAACAACCUUUCUUUCUUGACUGGUGAUAGUAAAACAAAGAUGGCUAAGUCCUUUAAGGAAAAGUCUGGAGGACAAGACCAGGAGAGGAAACACAAGAAGAGGCGCGGUGAGUUCUACUCCAUCCAGACCUCGCUGAUUGUCGCUGCUCUGAAGAAGAUGCUCCCCAUCGGCCUCAACAUGUGUACCCCCGGGGAUCAGGAGCUCAUUUCUCUAGCCAAGACAAGAUACCUCCUGAAAGACACAGAUGAUGAAGUUAAAGACCACAUUCGUCAGAAUCUGCACCUUCGAGAAAAGUCGGAGGACCCCGCUGUGAGGUGGCAGCUGAACCUGUACAAGGACAUCGCGAUGAGGGCAGAGGGGUCUCCAGACCCUGAAAGAGUGGUGGAUCGCAUCCAGAGGAUCUCAGCCGCGGUCUUUAACUUGGAGCAGGUGGAGCAGCCACUCAGAUCCAAAAAGUGCGUCUGGCAGAAGUUGCUCUCCAAGCAGAGGAAGCGAGCCGUUGUUGCCUGCUUCCGGAUGGCUCCACUUUAUAAUCUGCCAAGGCAUCGCUCUAUUAACCUCUUCCUCCUGGCAUAUCAGAGAAUAUGGAUAGAAACAGAAGAGUACUCUUUUGAGGAGAAGCUAGUGCAGGACCUUGCAAAAACACAGCCCAAAGUGGAGGAGGAGGAAGAGGAGGAGGUCAGAAAGCAGCCAGACCCUCUUCACCAGCUCAUCCUGCAUUUCAGCCACAAUGCUCUGACUGAGUGCAGUUCUUUGGAAGAGGAUCCCUUGUAUAUUGCAUAUGCGGACAUGAUGGCAAAGAGCUGUGCCGAAGGCGAAGAAGAGGAAGAAGAGGAAGGAAAAGAGAAAACAUUUGAGGAAAAAGAGAUGGAGAAACAAAAGAUGCUGUACCAGCAAGCGAGGCUUCACGACCGUGGAGCUGCAGAGAUGGUGCUUCAGAUGGUCAGUGCCAGCAAAGGCCGACUUGGUGCUAUAGUGACUUUCACCCUCAAACUGGGCAUCUCCAUUCUCAACGGGGGAAACAUACUGGUCCAGCAGAAAAUGCUGGACUACCUGAAGGAGAAACGAGAUGUUGGCUUUUUUAAAAGUCUGUCUGGACUGAUGAUGUCGUGCAGCGUCCUGGAUUUGAACGCUUUUGAAAGGCAAAACAAGGCUGAAGGUCUGGGGAUGGUAACUGAAGAGGGAUCAAUCAACGUGAGUGAGCGGGGUUCCAAGGUGCUGCAGAACGAUGAGUUCACUAAGGAUCUUUUUAGGUUCCUGCAGCUUCUCUGUGAGGGCCACAACAAUGAUUUUCAGAACUUCCUGAGGACUCAGACAGGGAACACAACCACAGUAAACAUCAUCAUUAGUACUGUGGACUACCUCCUAAGACUCCAGGAGUCCAUUAGUGAUUUCUACUGGUACUACUCUGGUAAAGAUAUUAUCGAUGAGGCAGGUCAGAGGAACUUCUCCAAAGCACUGGCAGUGGCAAAGCAAGUCUUCAACUCUUUAACAGAGUAUAUACAGGGUCCGUGUAUAGGAAAUCAGCAGAGUCUGGCUCACAGCAGGCUGUGGGAUGCCGUGGUGGGCUUCUUGCAUGUUUUUGCCAACAUGCAGAUGAAACUGUCCCAAGACUCCAGUCAGAUUGAAUUAUUGAAGGAGCUGCUGGAUCUGCAGAAGGACAUGAUCGUCAUGAUGCUCUCUCUUCUCGAAGGUAAUGUUGUCAAUGGCACUAUUGGCAAACAAAUGGUGGACACCUUGGUGGAAUCUUCCAGUAAUGUGGAGAUGAUCCUUAAGUUUUUUGACAUGUUCCUGAAGCUGAAGGACUUGACCACUUCAGACAGCUUUAAGGAGUACGACCCAGAGAGCAAAGGGGUCAUCUCAAAGAAAGAUUUCCAGAAGUCCAUGGAGAACCAGAAACAGUAUUCUCAGUCUGAGAUUGAGUUUCUCCUCUCCUGCGCGGAGGCUGAUGAGAAUGACAUGUUCAACUACGUGCUAUUUGUGGAGAGAUUUCACGAACCAGCCAAGGACAUUGGUUUUAAUGUAGCCGUGUUGCUGACGAAUCUCUCGGAGCACAUGCCUCACGACGCUCGCCUCGCAACGUUCCUCGACCUGGCCGAGAGCGUUCUCAGCUACUUCGAGCCUUACCUGGGCCGCAUCGAGAUCAUGGGUGGAGCCAAGCGCAUCGAGAGGGUCUACUUCGAGAUCAGCGAGUCGAGCCGCACGCAGUGGGAGAAGCCUCAGGUGAAGGAGUCCAAGCGGCAGUUCAUCUUCGAUGUGGUCAACGAAGGCGGCGAGAGCGAGAAGAUGGAGCUGUUCGUCAACUUCUGCGAGGACACUAUCUUUGAGAUGCAGCUGGCGUCUCAAAUUUCGGAGCCAGACCCGCUCGAGCGUCCGGAGGAGGAUGAGGAUGACAACCAGAGCAUGGUGGAGAACCAGGAAGAGGAGGAGGAGGAGGAGAGCGUGAUGAUGGAGUCUUCCUCAGCAUUUACAAUAGCAUGUAUCUCUAUGAGAAAGAGCCUCUGUCACUUCCGCCAGCUGCUCACUUUCAAGAGCAUGAGGCGGCAGUAUAGGAAAUUUAGAAAGAUGAGCAUUAGGGAGAUGGUGCGGGGCUUCUUCUCCUUCUUCUGGAUGAUCAUCACAGGCCUCCUCCACUUCGUCUACAGCCUCAUUUGGGGUUUCUUCCACAUCUUGUGGACCACUAUGUUUGGCGGUGGCCUCGUUGAAGGGGCUAAGAAUAUGAAGGUGACCGACAUUUUGGGCAACAUGCCGGACCCCACUCAGUUCGGGAUCCACGGAGACGUGUUAGAAACGGAGAAGAUGGAGGCGAAUGAAGCAUCGGCGUUGGCGGAGAUGGCUCAGAUGGCUCAGAGCGACGCAGCAGAGGCCGACCUGAUGGCUGAGUUGCUCAACAUACAGCCCAAGAGAGAGGGCAAGCAUGGGUCUGAGCCAGGUCUGGGGGAUGUAUCUGAGGUGGUGGUGGGAGACGCUCCGUCAAUAGCCAGUGCUGUCAAGCAGAAGAAGGCACAGCUGGCAGCAAAGAAAAGGGCUGUAAAUGGAGAAUACAAAUCAGAUUCAGAAAAAGGAGAUUCAGAUGAUGGAGAGAAGAAGGACCACGACAAGUCUAAAGAUGAAACUCCUCCAGAACCCUUAGUAGAGGAGAAGAAAGCCCCGAAGAAGAGACUUGGCACGAAGAAAGAACCUCCAGAGGCCUUCAUGGCCAGCUUCCUCGCUGGCUUGGAAGUCUACCAGACUAAGAUGCUGAACUACCUAGCCAGAAAUUUCUACAACCUCCGCUUCUUGGCACUUUUUGUUGCCUUUGCAAUCAACUUCAUCCUUCUCUUCUACAAAGUGACUGGUGACUAUUCCGACGAUGAAGAUCCCUGGAACCGUCGAGGCAGAGCCGGGGAGGAGGAAGAUGACGGAGCGCUGGAGUACUUUGUCCUGCAGGAGAGCACGGGUUACAUGGCGCCAACGCUUCGCUGUCUGGCAAUACUACACACAAUCAUAUCUUUCCUGUGUGUAGUGGGAUACUACUACCUAAAGGUGCCUCUGGUAGUGUUCAAACGAGAGAAGGAGAUAGCGAGGAAGUUAGAGUUUGCUGGCCUCUACAUCACAGAGCAGCCGUCUGACGAUGACAUUAAAGGACAGUGGGACAGACUGGUCAUCAACACUCCUUCCUUUCCCAACAACUACUGGGAUAAGUUUGUCAAACGCAAAGUGAUAAAGAAGUAUGGAGACCUGUACGGAGCAGAGAGGAUAGCAGAGCUGCUGGGCCUGGACAAGAGUGCACUGGAUUUCAACCCAACAGAGGAAACUGUUGCCAAGGAGGCCUCGCUGGUGUCAUGGUUGAGCUCAAUCGAUACGAAGUAUCAUGUCUGGAAGUUGGGGGUGGUGUUUACAGACAAUUCAUUCCUGUAUCUAGUCUGGUACACCACCAUGUCCAUUCUGGGACACUACAACAACUUCUUCUUUGCCGCCCACCUGUUGGACAUUGCCAUGGGCUUCAAGACGCUCCGUACCAUCCUCUCCUCGGUCACACACAACGGCAAACAGCUGGUUCUGACAGUGGGCCUGCUGGCUGUUGUGGUCUACCUCUACACGGUGGUGGCCUUCAACUUCUUCCGGAAGUUCUACAACAAGAGCGAGGAUGACGAUGAGCCGGACAUGAAGUGCGACGACAUGAUGACGUGCUACCUAUUCCACAUGUACGUUGGAGUGAGAGCAGGCGGGGGCAUCGGGGAUGAGAUCGAAGACCCGGCUGGUGACCCCUAUGAGCUCUACCGCAUCCUUUUUGACAUCACCUUCUUCUUCUUUGUCAUCGUCAUCCUCCUGGCCAUCAUCCAGGGUUUGAUCAUUGAUGCCUUUGGUGAGCUGAGAGACCAGCAGGAACAAGUCAAAGAGGACAUGGAGACCAAAUGUUUCAUUUGUGGCAUUGGUAAUGAUUACUUUGACACAACACCCCACGGCUUUGAGACUCACACCUUACAAGAGCACAAUUUGGCCAACUACCUGUUUUUCCUGAUGUAUCUUAUCAACAAGGAUGAGACAGAGCACACUGGUCAGGAGUCGUAUGUGUGGAAGAUGUACCAGGAGCGCUGCUGGGAUUUCUUCCCGGCUGGAGAUUGCUUCCGCAAACAGUACGAAGACCAGCUUGGAUAGACCAGAUGCAUCCUCAUUACCUCUGUCCCUGUUGAAGUGGGCUGCUGGAACAUGUAGUUCUACCUACGGCUGCUGGACUGCAACACACACACAAGUCAUCCCAGCGUUUCUUUGAACUGGUCCGAGGAGGGACGAGGAAAAAAAGUACUUUUUUUUUAACCUAAAAAGGAGAAACUUCUCCACUGUCAGAUGUACCAGUCCAGGGGGAAAUGACCUCCAACUUGCCCCAGACAUUUUGAUCCUCUUUUAGUUUUGGGACUCGUUUUUGACAGCGUGUUGCCUUUUACUCCACAUAACCCCAAAUCAUUGCACAAUUUUUCUUUUUGGUCUUUUUGAGAAACACUGGGUUGUGUGGGGUCAUGGGACAAUGUGUCAGUCAUAUUAUGCACAAUGUAUGAAUGUUGAACUUGAGACUUAAUGCCAAAAGAAAAGCAGAGGAGUAUAGUAGAUAUACGUAGUGUGCAAAAAUGUGAUUUGAGAAAAGUUCGUGUUUCAGAUGUUGUUAGCAUUGCAUAUUGAGAUGAGGUUUGUAGAACGAAGUGGCAAAAAUGGUUUAUUGUGUAGGAUUAAAAAAUGCCUAAAUUUCUUCAUGAAGUGCCUUACAGUACUGUACUACUACAUUACAAUGAAGCUAUGCAAAACUUUAGUUUUAUUUUUCUUUAUUGUAUGUAAGUGCAGUAGUUUUCCUGGAGCAGUAACGAGUAGCUGUCCAGAUACGUAAAUUGUGGCUGACACGUUUUCAUUUGAACUUGGAGGAAACAGCGUCGGAAUUUGAUUUAUUUUGUUGCUGAAUGCAGCAUAACAGCAAAUGUUCAAGAUACAAAGUGUAUAAAAUGACACAGCAGAAUUUAACGAACACCUUCAAACAAAAACGACAACAAAAAAAUGAAUUGCUAUUGUAUGGCCCUUUGUAUGUAAUAGCUUUGCGGAUCUGUGCAUUUCUUUUGAUGGAAAAAAAUAAAGAAAUUAAUGCAAGAAA